GCCUGUCGAGCACUUUUCGAUGGAAAGAGCGGGCGCGGCCAGGCAGCCCCACGAGCGGCCGUUUACACCCGCUGGGGGGAGGGGGGGGAGAGGCGAAGGGUUUCGCAAACAGUAAACGGCGAUUUUGUUACGCCGGAGGGUCGGGGACUCGAACCCCGCUCCGCUCAGCCUCGGCGUGUUGUUAGUCAACAGGACCCGGCGGCUCCAGCGCUUCCGUCGCCACCCGCGAGGACCGGGACGCUUUGCGCGCCUUGGCCAAUCACGGGCUGGUACCGGCCCCCGCAGAGGAUUCUGGGACGUGAAGUCUCUCCCGCCCUCCACCCGUGCGUGUCACCGGAGAAGAACGACAACUCCCAGCGUGCCCGGCGCCGGCCGGGAUAUUGACCCGCCCGCCAGGCCGCGCAGGAAGACGUGAGGGCCGCGGUUUGGGCGUCGAUCCCGGCGGCCUGAGGGAAGAUGAGUUCGGCCAGGGAGACGCAGCCCCGCCACGGCGUGAAGCGAGCGGCCUCCCCCGAUCAGGGAUCGAGCAGCUGGGAGGCCGUAGACUUGGGUAAUGAAGAAAGAAAGCAAAAGUUCUUGAGACUUAUGGGAGCAGGAAAGAAAGAACACACUGGCCGCCUUGUUAUCGGAGACCACAGAUCAACUUCUCAUUUCAGAACAGGGGAAGAAGACAAGAAAAUGAAUGAAGACCUAGAGUCUCAGUUCCAGCAAAGCAUGGACAGCACUAUGUCCGGAAGAAAUCGACGACACUGUGGACUUGGUUUCAGUGAGCUGGAGGAGGCUGAAGGACAAGAUGACGUGAACAGAUACUCUCCUGAACCUGAAAGUCCAGAGGACUCUGAAAGUGACUCUGAGUCAGAGCGAGAGGAAUCUGCGGAAGAACUGCAAUCUGCUGAAAAAGACAGUGAAGCUGAUGAUCCAGAAAACAAGAAAGAUGUGAAAAGCAAUUAUAAAAUGAUGUUUGUUAAAUCCAGCGGCUCAUAACUUCAGGUCUAAUAAGUCUUUGUAUUUAAAGUACAUUAAGUCUUUUUGUUAGUGCAAAGUGGAGGACUGCUUACAGCACAGAUUUUUGUAUUAUGAUUUUAAAAAAGCCCUUUUAGAUGAAAGAAAAAAAUAGUGCUUGCUUUCAGAUGCCAUGGAUGACAUUUUUAUGGGCAUGAGUGUAAUUUUUUGGGGGGGUAAAGUAUAAACAGAUGCAUUGGAUGAAAAUAAAUUUAAUUCCCAACCUC